CAUAUCCCACCCUCACUCCCGCCCAAUCCAACCCCACCCCUCAAUCGUCCGUGUUCGUGGAGCUCUCCCCCCUCCAACAACCAUGGCCGCCCCUCGCACCCUCCUCCGCCUCGCCGCCCCGCGCCUCGCGCGUGCAAGCAGCAGCUCGUCCACCUCGGCACUGGCCUACAAAGCGCUUCACCGCCGCGUGAAGCCUCUCCCCACAUCCGACACGCCCGCGUGGUCGGCGUCGGCGGCAGUUUCCAGCAUCCUCUACGAGACGCCCCUCCCCUCGUCCGCCCCGCCGAAGCGCCACGUGCUCAACUGCCUCGUCCAGAACGAGCCGGGAGUGCUUUCCCGCGUCUCUGGAAUUCUGGCGGCCCGAGGCUUCAACAUCGACUCGCUCGUCGUCUGCAACACCGAGGUCCCCGACCUCUCGCGCAUGACCAUCGUGCUGUCGGGCCUCGACGGCGUGGUGGAACAGGCGCGGCGACAGCUCGAGGACCUCGUCCCCGUCUGGGCUGUGCUGGACUACUCGACCACCCCGUUGAUCCAGCGGGAGCUGCUGCUUGCCAAGAUCUCGAUACUGGGCCCGGAGUACUUCGAGGAGUUGCUAGCGCACCACCGCGAGAUCACUGCGGAUGGCGAGCACCACGACGUAGCCAUUGCCGAGAAGGACUUCCAUCCUAGCCAGCUGGCUGCCUCGGAGGCGCUAAGACACAAACAUCAGCACUUGCGCGCCGUCACGGACUUGACUCAUCAGUUCGGCGGAAAAAUUACGGAUAUCUCGGAAAACAACUGCAUCGUUGAGCUCUCCGCGAAGCCCUCCCGUAUCGACGCAUUCCUGAAGCUGGUUUCUCCCUUUGGAAUUCUGGAGUCCGCCAGGACUGGUCUGAUGGCCCUCCCCCGUACUCCCCUCGCCAAGAGCGGCGAAGAGCUCGAGACCAAGGAAGCCGAAGACGUCGUCGAUGCCAGUGCUCUUCCCCCUGGUUAGACGCCUUGACGCUCCGUUUUUCUUGCAUUCCUGGGUUCGUUUGGUUCGAUGGAUUGGAUUGCAGCAUGGCGUGCGUGGUGACGGGAUGUGAUACCCUUAAGAAGAAGCAACACAUACACACAAUGCACAAGCCAUGUGGUAAAUUCAUGACCGUCAUAUCAGUACCGGUACAU